AUGGCUCCUGGAGAGAAGAUCAAAGCCAAAAUCAAGAAGAAUCUGCCCAUGACUGGGCCCCAGGCACCUACCAUUAAAGAGCUGAUGCGGUGGUACUGCCUCAACACCAACACCCACGGCUGCCGGCGCAUCGUGGUGUCGCGUGGCCGCCUCCGCCGUCUGCUCUGGAUCUUGUUCACACUGACCGCAGUGGCCCUCAUUGUCUGGCAGUGUGCCCUGCUUGUCCUCUCCUUCUACACCGUCUCUGUCUCUAUCAAAGUACACUUCCAGAAGCUGGAUUUCCCUGCUGUCACCAUCUGCAACAUCAACCCUUACAAGUACAGUGCAGUCAAGGAUCUGCUGUCUGACUUGGAACAGGAGACCAGAGGGGCCUUGAAGACUCUCUUUGGCUUUUCUGAGCUUGAAUCUCGAAAGCGACGAGAAGCAGAGCCUUUGAGUUCAGCCUGGGAGGGCACACGGCCAAAAUUCAUCAACUCAGUCCCACUGCUGUUCUUUGAUCAAGAUGAGACGAGCAAAGUGGCCAGGGACUUCCUCACGGGGCAGAAGCGGAAAGUCAGAGGGAGUGUCAUUCACAAGGCUUCUGAUAUCAUGCACGUUCACCAGUCCAAGCAGGUGGUGGGAUUCAAACUGAUUGGGAGGAACUUCACGCUUUUCCACCAUCCAAUGCAUGGGAAUUGCUACACAUUCAACAAUCGAGUUAAUGACACUGUCCUGAGCACCUCCAUGGGGGGCAGUGAAUAUGGACUGCAAGUCAUCUUGUACAUAAAUGAAGAGGAAUAUAAUCCCUUUUUGGUAUCCUCCACGGGGGCCAAGGUGAUUGUCCAUCAGCAGGAAGAAUACCCCUUCAUUGAGGACGUGGGGACAGAGAUUGAGACAGCGAUGGCCACCUCCAUCGGAAUGCACCUGACGGAGUCCUUUAAGCUGAGUGAACCCUACAGCCAGUGCACGGAGGAUGGGAAGGACGUGCCAAUCACGAACAUCUACAAUACUGCCUACUCCCUCCAGAUCUGCCUUCACUCAUGCUUCCAGACAAAGAUGGUGGAGAAAUGUGGGUGUGCCCAGUACAGCCAGCCUCUACCUAAAGGAGCCAACUACUGCAACUACCAGCAGCACCCCAACUGGAUGUAUUGCUACUACAAACUACAGCAGUCCUUUGUCCGGGAAGAGCUGGGCUGCCAGGCAGUGUGCCGGGAAGCCUGCAGCUUUAAGGAGUGGACAUUGACCACCAGCCUGGCGCAGUGGCCAUCUGAAGUUUCUGAAAAAUGGUUGCUCUCCAUUCUCACUUGGGACCAAGGCCAGCAAAUAAACAAAAAGCUCAACAAGACAGACUUGGCCAAACUCUUGAUAUUCUACAAAGACCUGAACCACAGAUCCGUCAUGGAGAACCCAGACAACACAAUCCCAAGCCUUCUGUCUAAUUUUGGUGGCCAGCUGGGCCUGUGGAUGAGCUGCUCUGUUGUCUGCAUCAUUGAGAUCUUCGAGGUCUUCUUCAUAGACUCCCUCUCUAUCAUUACUCGCCACCAGUGGCAGAAAGCCAAGGAAUGGUGGGCCCGGAGGCAGCCACCGCCCUGCCCUGAGGCUGCCCUCAGGCCCCAGGGCCAGGACAAUCCAGCCCUCCAUAUCGAUGAGGAUCCGCCCACUUUCACCUCCGCUCUGCGCCUGCCUCCAGCCCUAAGGACUCAGGUGCCUGGCACUCCACCGCCCAAGUACAACACCCUGCGCUUGGAAAGGGCCUUUUCCAGCCAGCUGACAGACACACAGGUGCUAGAUGAGUCCUGA